UGGGAGUUGAAGUUUCCGGAGGAGAUAACGUGAGCUGAAGAAACACCCCCUCAAAAGCUUCCUGCGUAUCCUCUCACGCCCCCCGCCAACUUCUCCACUAGAUUUCCAGAAGCACCAAAUUAUGUCUUCUGAAAUGUUGCCAGCUUUUAUUGAGACUUCUAAUGUUGAGAGAAGACAAAACUUAGAUGAAGAUCAAGAGGAGAGCCAGAAGCCAAGGUUGGGUGAAGGGUUGGAAUCCAUAUCUAAACGACAAAUGAAGAAGCUAAUAAAACAAAAACAAUGGGAAGAGCAGCGAGAACUCCGCAAACAAAAACGAAAAGAAAAACGCAAGAGAAAACAACUAGAGCGACAGUGUCAGCUGGAACCCAACUCUGACGGACAUGACAGGAAGCGAAUGCGAAGAGACGCUGUUCGAAGCCCCCUCCGCCUCAUCGUUGACUGUAGUUUUGAUGGCUUGAUGGUAUUGAAGGACAUUAAGAAACUUCAUAAACAGAUCCAACGAUGUUAUGCAGAAAAUCGACGAGCCUUGCAUCCUGUGCAGUUUUACUUGACAAGCCAUGGAGGCCAGCUGAAAAAAAACAUGGAUGAAAACGACAAAGGAUGGGUUAACUGGAAGGAUAUCCACAUCAAGCCAGAGCAUUAUAGUGAACUCUUAAAGAAAGAAGAUCUGAUUUAUCUUACAUCAGAUUCACCCAAUGUACUGAAGAAAUUAGAUGAAUCAAAGGCGUACGUGAUUGGAGGAUUAGUAGAUCACAAUCAUCACAAGGGACUGACAUAUAAACAAGCAUCAGAUUAUGGAAUUGAACAUGCACAGCUCCCUCUUGGAAAUUUUGUGAAGAUGAAUAGUCGAAAAGUUUUGGCAGUUAAUCAUGUGUUUGAGAUCAUUCUGGAAUACCUGGAGACAAGAGAUUGGCAAGAGGCGUUUUUCACCAUCUUACCGCAACGAAAAGGAGCGGUUCCCACAGACAAAGCCUGUGAAGGGUCUUCGUGUGGCAAGAACUCUGGCCGUGUUGAAGGUGGACGGGACAGUGACUCCAGUGAGGAGGACUCCCGCCGGCACGGACUAGAGCCCGCCCAGGAAGAAGGCAAGCCGGAGAAAGAAGCCAGCACAGACCCCACAAGCCGCUCUGCCCCACGCUAGUGUUGCCUGGACUUCUUUGAGCUCACGGGGGAGAAAGGAGAAAUGAGGUUUUUCACUAUAUUCACAAUUGGAAGAAAAUGAUGUAUUUUCUUAUUUCUGUUGUGAAGUUUUUUUGUUCGUUUUUAAUUAAAAAACUAAAAGAUUGUU